AUGAAGGCCAUUAUUUCCUUGGCCCUUCUGGGUCUGGGUUCCCUAGCCUCAGGCUUUCCUGAUCGAAUGGGAGGAUCUGCCCAUAGGAACUGCCCAUACGCUGCGCUGAAAGGCAAAGAAGAUUCAGAGCUGCGAAAGCGAUUCCUGGUGGACUCGAUGUCCGAGCCCAUUGAUGUGACCGGCGUACACGCUUUCCAGCCUCCGAAUUUUGAGAAUGGGGACCAACGGGGUCCUUGUCCUGGGUUAAACGCACUGGCGAAUCAUGGUUAUAUCCCUCGCAGCGGAGUUGUAUCGUUUGUCGAGGUCAUUGCGGCCAUUAACAAGGUGUAUGGAAUGGGAGUAGACCUGGCCACGGUGCUGGCAUUGAUGGGAGUCGUGUGGACGGGCAAUCCACUCGCUCUCGAGCCCAGUUUCUCUAUCGGAGGUCGCGAUACUGGAGUCAACAAUCUGCUGAACAACCUGGGGGGUCUCCUUGGUGAGCCCGAGGGACUUAUUGGUUCGCACAACUUUAUCGAGUCCGAUUCCUCCAACACGCGGGACGAUCUGUAUGUCACUGGGAACAACUACGCGCUGAACAUGGACAAGUUCAUGGAAUGGUACAACAUGUCAACCGACGGGACUUUCAGCCUGGACCUGAUGGCUGAGCGGGCCAAAAUCCGCCUGGAUCAGACCAUCCAGACGAACCCAGACUUCUACUACGGACCAGUGACGGGUCUAAUUGCUCGGAAUGCUGGCUAUAUCUUCGCCGGACGACUAUUCCGGAAUCAUUCGCAUGAGAACCCAGAGGGGGUUUUGACCAAGGAGAUUGUUCGCAGCUUUUUCGCCAUUUAUGGAGAGGAAGGCAACUUGACUUACCGUGAAGGAUGGGAAAGAAUCCCUGAGAAGUGGUACAAGACUCCUGUGGAUUAUGGCCUGGUGCAGCUGAAUCUCGACACGGUCGACUGGGUACUGAAGUAUCCGGAACUCGGAAGCAUCGGGGGAAAUACCGGCACGGUCAACAGCUUCACCGGGGUGGAUCUCUCCGAUUUGACGGGAGGCGUCCUGAACCUCACCACGCUGCUGGAGGGCAAUAAUCUGCUCUGCUUUGUCUUUGAAGUGCUCAAGUUUGCCAGUCCCAAUGCUUUGGCUGGACUGUACAAGACCUUGGCAGUCCCGUUGGAGAUGAUCGACCAGGUCCUCUCUGUCCCUCUCCUGAACAUGUCGUGUCCCGCGUUCAAAGACCUGCAGAUCGGCGGUAGGCCAUUCUGGGAUGCCAUCAAAGACGAUUUUCCCGGUGCCUUGAAGAGCGGUGGUGCCCUGUAA